UGCAUCUAUCGCAUCGCGUUCGGUUUCGCACAGAAUCGAACGACCAAAAUAUUUACAAAUAGAAGCGAAAAUUCACGCCAAUGAAUUGAUUGUUGUUUUGUGGUUCUAAUCAAUUAAUUUUAAUCGGUGUUAACUACCGGCAUAACCGUCAACAGUUUUGAUGAGCGAUCACCAUUUUUAUUAGAAAAAUGCAAUAACUGGACAUUUAGGAAAUGUAAAAAUUUGUCAAAAACAAGAAGAAAUCGGUCUGUGCAUUGUGAUGUGAUUGGUAGCGAAUUAAUCAAACGUGUGUGUUGUAAAGGUUAUCGCCACUGCUCUCGCUUACCAAACAAAAAAGUUUUUGUUAAAUUUGCCUUUUUUAAAAACAUUUUCAUCGAGUACUUGUCCGUAUUAUUAGUUUUAAUUCUUAAUAUCACAACAAAUGGCAGGAAUAGCUUGCCAAAGUUCAUCGAAUUCAAUUCCAAGAAAUGAUCGGGAAGAACUGGUCGGCUCCAGUUUCAACAUCAACUCGAGAGGAUCUCUGGAUUUCGACAGUUUAAAUGACGUCGACGUUAUUGUUGAUGUUACGGAGUCAGAACCAACGUCCAUAGUAUUGAGUUUUUGCCAAAGAAGGUUUUUGCUGCCCUAUGUAAAUAUUCUUGGUGUGGUGGGACUCAGACCCAUAACAGUUGAUUCUUCCCAAUGCAGUAUUUGGUUCGGUCACCUACAAACAUUGUUUGUUAUCGUCCUACUCCUAAUAGGCUACUUAAUUCAAUCUUUUACAGGCUUCAGGCGAGAUCGUGGAGUCACCACUCAAAAUGUUAUGAUAACAUUCGACAACUAUUUGAACGAAAGCCAUACCACCUUCGGCGAAACAAUAUUCGUUUUUGUGGUGCCGAGCCUUUUGCAUUUCAUUGGCUUCAUUUCGGCUGUCUACGUUCUCCGUAUAGCUGAUAAUGAGCAGCUGCAAAAUUUGGUGGAACGCGUGUUCAUAUUGUGUCAACUGCCGAACCGGCUGUUCUUAAUGCUUUGGUUCUACAUCAGCUGUGGAUUGAUUUGGUUGCUCUUAAUGGCCUCAUGCAUCGUUUUCGUGGAAAGUCAUUCUCCAGGGAUUACCGAGAAUCUGAAAGCAUUUCGGAAUAUCUCACCGGACUUUCAAUAUUGGAUAAGCAUAAUCCUAAUUGCAUCAAUUAUUGGUCACGAUCUUGUGCAAGUGGUCGUACUGUCUAGUUACGCCAUUCAAUGCUAUCUCCUGCGCCAUUAUUUGUACAUACUGAACGACAAAUUGAUCCAGAAUACGAUCGAACCGAUUGAUUGGAUGAGGGAAAUGUGUGAAUUCCGAAAACUGUUACAUCAUCUGAACAAAAAAACGGCGAAGCCAGUCUGCUUUUUCACGGUUCUGAACAUAACAUACGCCAUCGCCGGAUUUGCCUAUUUGAUCAAAACGUACGUUGAGAGCAAUGCACCGAUAAAGAUGUUCAGUAUGAAUGUGGGAAACAUCCUUCUAUGGUUGGUCAUUGCGUUUUAUCCGUUCUUUCAGGGAGCUGCAUUAACCGAGGCAUGCAUGGUGGCGCGUACAAGCGGUCAUCAAAUACGAAUCCGUCCGUUUGUACACCAUAAUACCUCAUCCGAAGACUUGAAUUCGGUGCUGCUGUACUCAUCAUCUUUGCAAAUGUCGGCGAAGCUGUUUCGCAUGCCCAUUCAAGGGAAUUAUUUAUUUUGCGUCAUUCUAAUUUUACUUGUUGUUAUACUGGCGAUGGGAAUGUGUGUCAAAGUUUACCUCGGCUUGUCGUAAUGUUGUAAAGUGGAACAAAAUUAUUCUUUUUGCUUGUAUAAAGUGACUAUGCAUUUUA